UGGAGAAAAUCUUUCGGUGUUAACAACAGGACCUUAGAUAAGGAUUACGGCAAAGAGUUCUUCAAAAUCGGCGCCUUCUUUGUGUACACGGAGGACAAGAAUGGUAUUCCUCUGUUGUUUCUUAGGGGCAAAUGCAACAGAAAAGUUACUAAAUUGCGAGAACUCAUUGAGAUGUUCAUCAUUGGCAUCAUUGAACAAUUGGACACAAAAGUGGGCAAAAAAGGCUUUAUUCUGGUACUCGACUGUUCCGACAGUAGUAUUAAUAACCUAAGCAUGGAUUUAAUGAAAUUCGUGAUUACAAGUCUCACCGUUUACUACCCGCUGGCCCUUCAAUACGUACUGAUCUAUAACAUGCCGUGGCUUCUGAGGGGUAUCUGGAAACUGGUGAAGGGAUGGUUAGGAGAGUACAGACAUUUGGUGUACUUCGCGAAUGGAGAUGAGAUUGAAAAGUAUGUGGACAUCGAGUCGUUGCCUAAAUAUAUGGGAGGGAAGUGCAAUAAAUCGUUCACUGAAGCACCGGAUAAUUGUCCCACAGUUUAUGAAUUGGCCGAAAGGUAUGGCUUCACGCAAACAGAGGUCAAGAAAUAUAUGAAAAUUUAUGAUGACUUGCUAGAAGAAGCC